AUGGAGAGCCUCACCCGUCUACAAUAUCUUCAUUCCGACCUCGUUGCCUUCGCCGAAGCCCGCCUCGCAAACAUCGAGCGUCUGUCGUUGGAACUAGAGGACAGCAUCCAGGAUUUUAGAAAGCUACUCGACAAACCAACACCCACUGCGUACGAUCGAGACGCUUACAACAAUGGCAAAAUCACUGUCGGCGACCUGGAAUAUGCAGUCAAUGAUGAAUUCAAACAUAUCAGCCGUGCAAUUGCCACAACCCUUGAGCUGGACGAAAUCGAAGCCGGCCGACUCCUCAUACAGAUGCAAGCCGAUUCGAAAGGAACAAGCGAUACAUUUGUGACGGACGCAGUGAGCAAUUACCACAAUGGAAGAGACCUGUUACUUCAAUGUCUGCGGAUCACGCUUCAACAGUCUCUCAAUCCUGAGAUGGAGCCUGAGAUCCGAGAAUUCUUCCAGACCAUCGUUGCAAAAGUACUCGAGGUUGACGGGGGAGGCACCACGGCUGGCAAUGGCUCGCGGUUUGCAAGAAAAUGUUUGAGUACAUUAGAGGACAUCGAGAAGCUUCAAACAAAGGUUGCAGAUGCGCUCCAGAGCAAAGCAGUGUUGGGCGAGCGACGAGGUUCCGAGUUCUAUGCCACCCUCGAGUUUCAAAGGGACAGUUUGUUCAAACAACAUGAAGCUCUCGCCUGCAGUCUCGCGUUUCUCUUUCAGGGCGACUACACCAAUCCGGAGGAUCUGCGAAAGCUCAAUGAUGCUGUCAAGCGCUUUAAUCGCCUUGAAUUUGGCUUGAUCCACUACCUUCCCGCGUUUUCGGCUGCGUUCCGGCAGUACGGGUCGCCAGGAAGCCAGCUGUCUCAGGAAAACUGUGCAUCCCUGGAUGGUCUCUUCGGCCCGUUACCCCAGGAUCCAAGUACCGCAGCUAUUCGCCCCUUCCGUGCCAUUUUGAGCCUCUGGUGGACAGUCGAAUAUAGCGGUCAGUUCCGAGACUUGACCGAGCACGGUGCAGACGCAGAGAAGCGGGCGAUCACUGUGAAGGCGGCCUUGGGAGAGGAUGCUUCAGAAUUCAUGCUUGCUAUAUGCACAAGCAUGAACUUGGAUGUGUGGCGACAUCCUGCUAGACAAGAACUUGUGGCACUGCUUCUUAGUGAGACAACUUUCGCUCUCGACGGCGAUCAAACCUCAUCCUAUUUCCGACUACACUUCAUGGAAUCUCUGGAGAAUUUCAUCGAGGCAUUCAUUUCGAAUUUACCCGAUUCUAUCCGGAAGCUCAAGGCUGAAGAAGACGACCAGCGACUGAAUCAAUUGGUCGCCAUGCAAGAAGGCCUACCGCCGGAUCAUAGAGGUGGUGUCGUGAGCAAGCUCCAGCUAGAAUGCUUUCUGGUUCUUAUCUCGUUCGCCUUCGAAGGGAGACCUGAAGCUGCAGAACAGUGGUGGGACGAUCCAGACAGCAACUUGUAUGGGUUUCUUCAAUGGGCAUCCCGACGGCAGACAGUUCCUCGAGUGUGCGCCUUCUGUGAGCUCCUAUGCUCUAUCUCCGAAGACCAGGAAUGCGCUGAAGCGGCCCACAAGUUUCUACUAGAUGAAUCACAGCCUACCUUGACAAGAGGUCGUCGCAACCCGUCAAUGAAUUAUCAGCAGAUAUUUGCCGAGCUCGAGCUAUACGCGCACAAGGUUCAUGAGCGGGCUACAAGUUCGCAAUUGCCAAAUAUGCGAAAGGUCGUGCCAACGGACAUGAACGAACUAGAAAGUCCCAUAAUGCUAUCUUGCUACCUGCGCCUGCUAGCCCAUCUGAGCCGACAGCCUAGUGGAACUCGGGAGUAUAUCCUCAGUACAAUGACACCAGCUUUUCCACAAUCCUUAUUGCGUCUCAGCUCUGGUCCGAUACCGAGUUAUCUGAGGGCGAGUGUCUUUGCGACUCUGGAUGCUCUGCUGACAGACAAGACUGCGCAAACUGCGGCUUUACUUUGGCAACUCCUGGACGACUGGGCAGCUAAUAGCCACGACAUACUUCGAUUAACCACGACCAAGCCUGCCCAGCCUUCUAAACCAACUCUUCUCGACUUGCAGAAUACCCUCAGUUCAGUUGCAGUGUCGUUUGACCAAUACGACUCGUUCGUUGUGCUGUUGCGCGACUUAACCGUCGCUCUCCCAUCCACUGGCCUGGGCGUCGAUAUGCUUCCUUUUCCAAGGGACCUGGGGUCAUCCUACAGAAGUCCAGGAAUCGAGCCAUACAUCGACUUUGUUUGUGGUCAAAUCUUCGUCAAACGAGUCCCGGAAAUCAAUGAUGAACUACAACGAUCGAUUGCCUCGUUCCACUGCCUGGAGUUUGUGGCUGUGGGCCUGGACGGUUUUAAUGAAGACUAUGUGGCAAUGGCAGAUCGUACCAACGCUCAGCGCGACGCUUCACAAGACGCACCAAUUGCCUCCACUUACGCUCAACGCAGUCCGUUUGCGAGGCUGAUGCAGUGGAUACUGAGCCUUGAGAUGACCAAGGGACUCAUGGAGACUCUACACGUGCCUACAGAGGCCAUCGAAUCCGCUUUGCCUGACUCGCCCUUGGUCCUCAGCCUACAACGCUCCAUCGAUAUCAUCAACCGGGUCCUUGAUCUACAACCGACCUAUUUCGAUGUCGUGAAACCAAUCCUUCUGGCCCAGUCGAUGCAGGAAGGGCUUUUCGCACGAUCCAGUGUCAACUCCCUUGAAGAUUGUGUGGCUGCACAUCCGGAAGUGAUACUAAAUCUGUGCCAGUACGCCGCAACCAGUCAUUCCGAACUGGCGCUCCGCGCUCUUACGUUGUUACAGAAGCUCUCCAGCUCACCCAAGCUUAACAACCACUUUCUUAUGACAGACCCUGUUCGUGGUCGUGCAAGAAGGAUAGUGGACAUGCUCGGUCCAAGUGUUGGCUUUGAGCUUGACCUAGUCGCCAGAAACAUGUCUUCCAGACUGCAAUUUGAACUCCGAGAGCUUGAGGACGGCUUUGAGUCCAUGAGCUACCUCAUCAAAGACGGGAUACUGGCAUUCUUCAACGCCUGCCUUGAAGCACAGCCAGAGCUUCCCACUCUUGCCCAUCUCCUGCUUGGCUUUAACAGACUAGGCGAGCGUCUGGCCAUUUCCGACUCCAUUGACGCGGGGAGCUCCGUCUUUCAUUCUGUUGUCGACCUCAUUCAGAACUAUCCUAACAAUGAAGACGGUGUGAUACUAUCGUGGCUGAUCCAUAUCAAGACGGCAGCGUUGCGUGUCAUGAGGCAGCUUUGGACUUCGCCCUUGUCAAUGUCUAUUGUUGUCGGUCAGCUUCGCAGACUCCAAUUUCUCCAGUCACAAUACCUCAGCCAGACUAUCAUAUCCCAGCAAACCUUCUGGGAUGGCAACACUGUGCUCCACGCCGCUUUUUGGUACAGCACAUCUGCCGAAGCCCUGGCCGAGUUUUUCGCUUUGCGAGCGUCUCUGUAUAAUUACACUACCACAGAGUUGAGGGCUGCUUCCCAUGAACAGUUGUCGACCACACUACGACAGGCGUUGUCUACACUGCAAGGAAAGACCACUGAUUUUGACGGCACCCUCAUUACGAACCCUGAUGUUUUUGCCCUUUUCGACUUUUUGGAGCUCGAUCUAUCCGCGUCUUUCGACUUAAGCUCCGACUUCUAUGGCAGCAUCGACUUCGAGGCUUACCUCACCGAAGAAUCCGACCGCGCUCCAAGUCUAUAUGAUGUCAAGCUAACGCGUGAAUCGCUGUAUGCCUACCGCCUGGAAUUGAUGCAAAAGCAGAUCGAGAGCCCAGGAAGCAACAAGAUUGACGAGCAGAUCUUGAUCGCCGACGCUGAUCGGAUACUGGCUACGAUGGAAGCUCGCAACCGGUGGGUUAUUGCACACAAAUCUAGAAGCGACGCGUUGCAUGAAUAUGUGGAAAUGGUCAUCACUAUCAUCGACACCUGUCCCAUGGACCAGCCGGCAAAGUCGCAGUUUAUCCUACGUAUGUUCCAGAUACUCUUGCCCAAGCUCGACGGGUUGAUCGUGGAUGAGUCGGCCGAUGUGGUCGAACUCGCAAGGGCGGCUGACGCCUUACUUUUUUCGCUUUCCAAGAUGACGCCGACCCACACUCAUACGGACAACCUCAUCACGGAGAGGCUUUUCCAACUAUUCCGUGCAUCAAUCGAGGGAAUACCCGGGACCAACUUCAAUCCAAGCCUCCGAACAAUCUUCUAUAGUAUCUGUUCGCAAUAUCUUGCUCGAAUCACAGCAUCGAGUAGCAGCGGGACAGAUGCGAACGCGAAGGCUCGGAGAAACAGUAUGGACUGCAUUCGGUCAGCGAGCCAGCGCCUCGUCCAAAUCGUGUGCGACGAUGCGGAAGAUGCCGUGGAUUCGUGUCGAAUGAAUGCACUCAAUCUUCUUGCACUGCUUAGUUCGCUAGCCCGGAUGGAGAAGUCAAACUACAUCCUCAACGGGCUUGUCAAGGCCAACGCACUUGAACUUCUCCUAGAACCUUCCAAACACAUCUCGGCUGAGUUUCAAAACUCGGACCCAGCCUAUCGUCCUUAUCUGCUGUCCAUUUUUGAAGCACGCAUGCUUCUCUUACUUCAGAUAUCGCGCACGCGCGAAGGCGCAAGCGCAGUCCUCGACGCCGGGCUGAUGACUGCAGCGCGCGACUCAAUGCUCUUCCGCGCCGAUCCUGAUCUCGGCAAUUCAAUGUCCAUCACCUCUGCCCUCCACACAUACUAUGUGCUCCUAUCCUCGACUCUACGCGUGCUUCUUUCCACCUUCCUCUCCCGCGGCGCGCAAAACGAGCAGAUCCAGUAUCUUGCGCGCACAUUCCUCACCGAGUACCGGGCAAACAUGGUGGGCGUGUUCAAGAAGUACAGCGGCGUCAAUGGCAAAACGGAUGCACGAAUACGUCCUCUCAUCACAGAAUGCGUGAGGUUCUACACAGGUCUAGCUACUCUGUCUGGAUUUGUCGAGUUUGAAGAUGCGUCAGGCAUGGAUCCCGCACAGGAUCAGGGCUUCUCGUGA